AUGGCUCCUACCCUUCCAGAUGCAACGAUGCUGGCAUCGCUGCCCGAAUCGACCCUCACCUCGGUGCUGGACCUCCUGUUCGAGCCUAGCCAUGACCUCCACACCCUCGCCUUGCCUACACUGCGUUCCAUCACCUUCACUACCUAUCCCGACAUGAUAGAUACCCUGCGCGACCAAUUGCUCGUCAUCGCAAAGACAGUCCAUCCAGACCCUUCGGCCCGCAAACCUCUUCUCUCAAUCUUGGGCUCUCACCCCCGCCUGGGUGAGAAGAAGGUGGAGAGCGCGCAGAGUGCAGCAGAGCAAGCACAGCUGCAGUCUGCUGCUGAAUCUGAGGCCGAGGUGCUGGCAUCCCUGAAUAGGGAGUACGAGGCUAGGUACCCCGGCCUGAGAUAUGUCACUUUUGUGAAUGGUCGGUCCAGGGACAUUAUCAUGGAAGACAUGAGGCGGCGCAUCGCCAGGGGUGACUUCCUAGCCGAGGAGGCGGAGGCUAUCCAUGCCAUGGCAGACAUAGCCAAGGACCGUGCUGGAAAGCUGGCAGCUAUUUAG